CCUUCUUAAUUAAAAUGAGUCCAAAUUCUCAUUCAACGAAUACAAUAACACAAAAUGGCUAUAAGAAGAAAACAACUGAAGAAAAAAUACAUCCAAAAUCUCAGACGCUGCGUGAAAAACAAUUUGUAAUACGAAAUUCGGUGUUAACGGAUCUUUUUGAGAAAGUUCCAUCCGUUGUAACAAUACAAAGCGUAUUUGGAGCUACAACAAUUUCCUUAUUUUUGAGUAUAAUACUCAAAGAUUAUUUAGAAAUAGGAGAGGUCACACUUGGAAUAUAUCUGAUACGAGCUGCUUUUAGAAAACUUCACAUAGCAGCAUUAUUAUGGAUUUGUUAUUUACUCGUCACAUGUUCGAUAUUCUACGUUUUUCAAUUAUGGGCUGUCGUUAGACUAAAAUUAAUAACAAAUCGAAAAUUCAUCAAAAUUUGGGAUAGAUCGUGGUCAGCAGCUUUACUAGUCUUUUAUAUCUUAUGUUUUAGAACCACCUCAACGUUGGUGGAAUAUUUCAAACUUCCAGAAGCAUCAUCUGCUAUCAUACUUUUUGAACAGAUUAGACUGGUAAUGAAAAUUCACGCAUUUGUAAGGUACAACGCAGAAAGAAUUGUAAAAUACAAACCACACACUGAGCAAGAAUUAACAUGGGCCAAAUUUAACCAGUAUGUCUACUUUUUGUUUGCGCCAGUUUUACUUUAUAGAGAUGAAUAUCCAAGGACCAAAGCAAUCAGGUGGGACUUUGUAUUAGCCCGUAUGGGUGAAGUAAUCGGAGUUAUAGUAUACCAAUGCUUCAUUUACCAUCGCUUCAUCUUUCCGUCAUACAAAGAUUUCGGAAUUCGAAAAUACACAUGGGUUGAAGUUCUAGCCCCGGCAUUGGCAGAAAAUUCAGUACCCGGAGUGUUGAUCUUAUUAGCAGGAUUUUACGUUACUUUGCAUUCUGUGCAAAAUUUGUUCGCUGAAUUACUGCGAUUUGGAGACAGACAGUUUUAUAAAGACUGGUGGACGAGUCUAUCGUUAGCAGAAUAUUUUAGAACUUGGAAUAUCGUAGUACAAGACUGGUUAUACGCUCAUGUAUAUUGGGAUGUUUAUCAAUUGACUAAUAGUAAAAUAGCAGGAAAAUUAACUGUCUUUUUAAUCUCAGUCGUUGUCCAUGAAUGGGUAAUGACUUAUAUAUUUGGAUUUUUCUAUCCAGCUUUGUCUUACAGUUUUUUGACAGCUGUAAUUGUGAGUUUUAUCAAGAUUCCCAAGUUUAGAUUUAGUAAUUUAAUAUUUUGGUACUUAAUAACGUUUGGCAGCGGUAUUAUUAAUAGUUUGUGUACUUUGGAAUAUUAUGCUAGAGUGAAUCAACCGGCAUCAGAUAUGAGCUCUUGGAAGCAUUACUUUUUACCCAGAUGGUACACAUGUGAUUGCAUCGUUUAAAUUUAUCAUUAAUUUAAUUUAUUUUUCAUCAAAAGUAAAAAAAAAAAACUUUGAUAUUAUCAAAUCCGAAGCUGCUAUAAUGUGGAAGAUUUUGGAAUAGGCUCUAAAAAAUAUCCAACUGUCAAUUAUUAUUUAAUAGUUCCAACUUUAAUUAAGUUAUAAAAUAGAUGGUCCAAAUAUUUUUUCUUCUACUUAGUAAUGUGAUCAAUUUAUGUAAUGAGAUUAUUUUAUGACAUUUUAAAAAUAUAUUAUGGAGUAAUUUUUUAAGAGAGUGGUAUAAAUGUUUUUACUCCAAUGAAUAUUAUUUUGUAUGAUAUAUUAUACUUUUUGUACCUGUCAAUGUUUAGUUUAUUAAAAAAAAA